CUGAGGUUUAGAGAUUAGCGUUUAAUCUGAGGAACUGGGAGCGAGAGUGUGAUUGGAAGUUACUGCUAGCCAUAUGGUUAGCUCGAGUGGGAGGGUUGCUCGCACAGUCGCUGUUGUCACACGACAGGACAUAUGUUUAUUAAGACAAACCGGCGGCGCUCGGGACGUUAUUAUUAUUAUUAUUAUUAUUAUUAUUAUUAUUUUGAACUCUCUUAUGAGUGUGUAGCGAAACUGGCCAGUUGACGUUCUGACUCUUAAUAGUGGAAAAUCGGAUUAACAUUCAAGAUUGCGCACCAAACCCUAAUCAUCUUGUGUCGCUGGCUCCCGUUGCUGCGAGCUGAAGAUAUCAGAUAGAGAAAGGCUGUUAGCUAGAUUGGUCAAUGCAAGUUGGAAAAGACCGAGACCGGGUUCUAUUGUAGUAGUUUAUCAGCACGGAUCGGCGAUUGUUUUAUAUUUCUGUUAGCAAGGGAAGGCAAUCCUGUUGGUGUCUGCGGACGAUGGCCAGAUUUUCGUGUUAAUAUGCUGCCCUGUGACCAGAGUAGCCAGCUGUUGUUCGGGUUGGACUAAAUUAGCUGUAUCGGAGAGUUAUAAUUGUCUGGCGAUCCGAAUUUGAACAGAUUUCAGACCCAUCGGAGUAGCUGGCUACUUAGAGACCUCCUCUUGCCCUGACUGGCACAAGCAAACACUGCCUAAUAAAUCCUGACUGAACUGUGCGAAGAUGUCGGCUAAAGAACCGAAAGAAAAACUGUCGACCACUGAACGAAUCAUUAAAACAGUGCCACUGCCCCCUCACCAGCGGCUGACAAUAAAGGACCUAUUUGUGGAUGGCAAGCCCAAUGCUGAGCUGCUGAAAAACCAUUUGGUCAAAGAGGGACGUGUGGAGGAGGAAGUAGCUCUGCGCAUCAUAAACGACGGUGCCAACAUCCUCAGGCAGGAGAAGUGCAUGGUAGAGGUGGAGGCACCAAUCACUGUAUGUGGUGAUGUCCAUGGACAGUUCUUUGACCUCAUGAAGCUUUUUGAAGUUGGUGGCUCCCCUGACAACACACGCUAUCUGUUCCUGGGUGAUUAUGUAGACAGAGGAUACUUCAGUAUUGAGUGUGUGCUAUUCCUGUGGACACUGAAGAUCAACCACCCCAACACUCUCUUCCUCCUCAGAGGCAACCACGAGUGUCGGCACCUCACAGAAUACUUCACCUUCAAACAGGAAUGUAAAAUAAAGUAUUCAGAAAGAGUUUAUGAUGCAUGUAUGGAGGCUUUUGACUGCUUGCCCCUUGCAGCUCUUCUGAACCAGCAGUUCCUCUGUGUACACGGUGGCCUCUCACCAGAAAUCAACUGCUUAGACGACAUUAGGAAAUUAGACAGGUUUAAGGAGCCCCCGGCAUUUGGGCCUAUGUGUGAUUUGAUCUGGGCUGAUCCAGGGGAGGACUAUGGCAGUGAGAAGACAGCAGAGCACUUUAACCACAACUCAGUCAGAGGCUGCUCCUAUUUUUUCAGUUACGCAGCAGUCUGUGACUUUUUGACAAACAAUAACUUGUUGUCUGUAAUUAGAGCACAUGAAGCACAAGACGCUGGGUACAGGAUGUAUAGGAAAAGUCAGACAACAGGCUUCCCUUCAUUAAUUACCAUCUUCUCAGCACCAAAUUACCUAGAUGUAUAUAACAACAAAGCCGCUGUAUUGAAAUAUGAAAACAACGUUAUGAACAUUAGACAGUUCAACUGCUCACCUCAUCCGUACUGGUUACCCAACUUUAUGGAUGUGUUUACAUGGUCACUGCCCUUUGUGGGUGAGAAAGUAACAGAGAUGUUGGUAAACGUGCUAAACAUCUGCUCUGAUGAUGAACUCAUGUCAGAGGGUGAUGACUUAUGUGAAGGUGGAACUCCAGCUGUCCGAAAGGAAGUGAUCAGAAAUAAGAUCCGUGCCAUCGGCAAAAUGGCCAGAGUCUUCUCUGUGCUCAGGGAAGAGAGCGAGAGUGUACUGACCCUCAAAGGGCUCACCCCAACCGGAACGCUACCUCUAGGAGUGUUGUCUGGAGGCAAGCAGACCUUACAGAGUGCCGCCAUAGAAGCAAAGGAGGGUCGAGCCAUCCAAGGCUUCUCUCCUACACGGAAGAUCCGCAACUUUGAAGAAGCUCGUGGCCUGGACCGGAUAAACGAAAGGAUGCCUCCUCGGAAGGACGGCCAACAACCCGACGGUACCACAGUUAACGCUGCCAAUGAAAAAAAUGGCACUGACGGGAAGGCGUAAGGAAAUAUUUUGCACUUUUCCUCUCCUCCAUAGCAUGUCCUCUUUCUCUGCCACGUUUUCCAUGAGACAGUCCCCUCAACUGCCGGAUCCUGCAGAGGAGGGCCUGGGAUGUGGAGAGAAACCAUUCCACAAAGAGAAAGAGAGAAAUCUCCUACAACUGAGUACAAACAUGAGAAUUUAUUUAUUUAAUGAAAUGUAUUAGAUGUACUUGAUAGCAACAUUUUAAAGAAAAGUGAACAUUUAAAAGGUAAACAGUCAUGAUGUGUCAAAUUUAAACACAACAGCAACUUUGUAACUUGAGGUAAGAUAUGUGGGUUACAGGUGCUGUACAGAUCAGAUCUCAUUAAUACCAGUUUUCUAAUAUUGUAUGUCAUAAUGUAUUUGGAAAGGGGAUUGUUUGAUUGGAUAUACUUACAUGUGGUAUCAACGCUUACGUCCGUAAGAGAUUUAUUAAGAGAAAACAAACCUUUAAGUAAGUAAGUUAUGGUUGUUGAAAAAGAUUUUAUAUCUAUGAAAUUAAAACUAUAAACUCUUUAAUAUUAUUCCAUAUCUCUUCAAUUUUGUUUGAGUAAAAUUAAGACUAGAUGAAAAUAUUAGCUGCUUUGGGUUCCAUUUGUUUCAACAUUACAAACUAGCUUGUAUAUUUGUUUUGCCAGGUAACGCAGCACGUUUUUAACAGCAAUUCUAAAUAGAAUGUUUUUGAUUCUGCUUGUGUGAGUGAAAAAAAAAAAAAAAAAAAAUGAUGAAAGAAAAAAGGAUAAAACAAGUUCUAUGAAAACACUGUCAUUAACUUUCUUAAAGCUGUAUUGAAAGUUGUAUCUAUAGCUAUUAUUCGGCAGAGACGUCAAGACAAGCAUUGACUCCCUCUUCCUCCAUUCUUUCUUUUGCCACACUUAUCUUUUUGCUAUUUGUUGGAAAGAUGAUAGAUGAGAUUUAUAAUGUCAUGCAACAAACCUGUCAUAUAUACUGUAGAAUCUAUUAGCAUGUCUAUAAUUUUAUGUAUAGAUUUAACAGCCAAUGUGGGACUUUUUGGAAACUUGAAGUUGCUUUGAUCUAUUCGCUCAAAAGCCAAAGUCUUAUAGUCAACAUGAUAAUUGGUUUAUUAAUUUUAGCUGUAAUGAGUUAGCUGCUAGAGUGCAAAUGUACCCUAUUCAGGGCAAUGAUGGGGAGGUAAUGGCCUGGGUCUAUUUUCCCAUUAAGAAUGUCCUUCAUGCUAUCACCCAGUCUUUUGCUGGGAACAGGAACGUGAGCAGUGAGCUGGGAUGUACAGACUGCCUAUACAGACUAUCGUUUUCAACUGGUUUGUGCGUGAGACAUUAACGAAGCAUGUUAAACCUGAUUUUAAAAAAAAUGUCAAACUGACUUUGUGGUUUGAGCUGUAACACUAUGUGAGGUAUUGUGUGAGAUACUUUUUUAACGUGGUUGCUUGUUUUAACUGAGGUUUAGGGAAAGUUAUGGUAUGUCUCCAUCUAGUGUUUAACUAAAGAAUGGUCAAAGACUUCCCUCUGUCUCUCUCAAGGGUCUACAGGGGAAUAGCAUUAAUAAGCCUCAUAUGUGGUGGUCUUUAUUCAUUUUAACAAGCAGAAAUCUGUUAGCAGCAUGUUUAUGUGGUUUUAAAGCUGGUUUGAUCAUGAUUGCCAUGAUGUUGAAUGUCUGAUGCUAUGCACAUGAGCAAUCACCCCAUUUUCUGGGUCAUACUGUAUCUUUAUAUACUUACCGAAUCCCUCAUUUGCCAUGGUGUUUUCUGAAAGGAUUUGAAAGUGUUAAAUGUAAUAUUUUAAACAAUAGUUAAUUUUGUAAUAUGUUUCAGUGGUUUAUUGAGACCAGUUAAGUUUUUCUCUCUUUUAUUUUUUUAUGAAAUUGUUUUUUUUUUUUUUUUUUUUUUUUUAUAUAUAUAUUGGACAAUUUCUUCACACAAGACGGAUUUGAAAGUGGUAACUUUUAAAUUUAAAUCUGAAUUCAAAUCUAAUAUUAUGAUCAAAUCUUGUGCUCAUUUCAAGUUCCAUUUUAGAUGGAUGUACUCACAGCUUUUAACUGAGAGAAAUAAACGUGGAAUUCCUUUGCAGCCUAACAUUUUCUUUACGUGUGAGUGCAAACUGGUUUGCAAGAUCAAAUUAGUGUGGUAUGUUUGUGAACAUUAAAGGGAAAUUUGUGUGCACUAUAGAUGUAAGUCUCCCUAGUGUCAUGCAUGAUGUUGCUACAUUGAUUUGCAUGUAUUUCCACUGGUACACUGGUAUGAAUAGUUCACCCAAAAAUGAAAAUUCUCUCAAAUUUUACUCACCCUCAUGCCAUAUGUGUAUGACUACUUCUGCUGAACUCAAACGAAGAUUUUUGGAAAAAUAUCUCCGAAUAUCUCCAUGUCUUCAGAAUUGAUAUGAUAGGUGUGGUUGAGAAACAGAUCAAUAUUUAAGUCCCUUUUUACUAUCAAUCUCCACUUUCACUUUCUUCUUUUGUUUUUGCCAAUUUGCAUCAGUGUUAUUAUAGUUUUGAAUUUUGAAUUUAGUUUUUAUUUGUAUUUUAUAUUCAAUUUGUCAUUACAAUUUAGUUUUGUUAGUUUUCACAGUUUGUCUGUUAUGUUUAGUUUUCAUUUUCUCAGUGUUUUUUAGUUUCAGUUUAGUUAUAGUAUUUUUUAUGGCUGCCAAAGCUGAGCAUUUACUGGUGUAAUUUAAAAAGUCUAACAUUACAUUUCUCUGGGCAGUCUUGUGUUAUCUCUAUCUAGUGGUAUUUUCAUGUUUAAUGUGAAUUGUAAAUGUUGCAAAUUUUAUAAUAUAGGGCGAAUAUGGGCAAAGUGACAAAAGACAUUUAAGCUUGAUCCACAUUGUAUCCAUAUGCAUUUCAUUAAAUGAUUAUAAAUCAUUACUAAACUAAUCUUUGUGGAGUAAACAAUCAAAGGGAUAGUUCACCGAAACACAAAGUUCUCAAAUAAUUUACUCAACCUCAUGUAGAUGUAUAUGACUUUCUUUCUUCUGCUGAACACAAAUUAAGAUAAAAGUUAUGCAUACGACUCCAGUGGUUAAAUCCAUUUCUUUAGAAUCGAUAUGAUAAGUGUGGGUGAGAAACAGACCAAUAUUUAACUUUUUACUGUACAUCUUGACAUCAGCAGUCUCACAGGCAAUCAUGAUUUCAAGUUCGAUUAUAUUUCCCAACGCCAUCUAGCACUCUGCAAACUGUACUAGUAAGUGUAAUCGAGCUUGAAAUCAUGGUCAUGGUCAGAAGACAUUGAUUAAACCACUGGAGUCUUAUGGAUGAAUUUAUGCUGCCUUUAUGUGCCUUUUAGGGCUUCAAAGUUUGAAAUCUUCAAAGAGCUGAAAUAUUAUUCUAAAAAUCUUUGUGUCCAGCUGAAGAAAGAAAGUCAUACACAUCUGGGAUGGCAUAAGGGCGUGUAAAUGAUAAUAGAGUUGAAAUUUUUGGGUCAACUAUCCCUUUAUAUUUUUGAGUUUAAAAUUGAUGAUUUUUACUCUGGGAUGUGUGGCAGAACACAUUUCAUGACCACUGGUGGGAAAAGAAACGGUAAAGAAAAUGACAGAAAUUUUAGGUAAAUCUAGUUAAGCUUAUAAAAAAGUAAAAGUUAACUUAAUGUUAUGAUGUGAAAAUGUAGAAAAAAUAUAAAAAUUAAUUUCAAAUAAGGGUCAGUUGCUUUCCGAUUGGUCUGAAUAACUGGGUGCUGCCUGCUCUGUCUUGUCUGUCCGUGCGCUGUCAGUGUCCUCUUUGCUCCGCGACGUUAAUCACUUCGUGAAAAAAGGGACGUGUGGCUUGAGAGAUCACACUGGGCCGUGACGCGAACUGUUUAUCCGGGAAAGUGAAGCUUCCGGCGAAACACACGUCAUAAUAAAAGCACGAUUUAAAAUAAAAGCUAGAUGCUUGAAAUUAAAUAAAUAAAUAAAACAAAUAAUAUAUAAAUAUAUAUAUUAACAAUACAACUGUAUAUUAAAAUGUAAUAUUCUCUGUAGUAAUUAUAAUAAUUAAUAAUUUAUCACAAGCAAGACAGCUGUUUGGCAAUAAAUAAAUAAAUAAAAAUGCAAUGACUUUAUAAAGUUCUAUUUUCACUUAUUAAAAGUUUUAAGAAUUAGUUGAUUAGACACCAUUUUGAUGAUUAAACUUUGACACAUGUUCUGGAAAACAAUAAUAAUUAUUAAACUAUUAAAAUAAUUCUUAAAAAUAACUCAACUUAUGUGUUCAAUAGCACAUUAUCAUAUUAGCAUAUUUUUGCUGUGGUAUUGAAAUUGGUAUCGAGAACUGUGAAAAUUCACUGGUAUCGGUACUGAUUACAGAAGUUUUGGUACAGUGACAACACUAAUUCCCAGUAGGCCUAUUGAAUAUUUCUUCAUUUUUUUGCUUAUUUUGCUUUUGACUAAGAAGACAUCCUAAGCUUCCUUCAAAGGUAAUGUUAGGUUAUUUGUCAUUUGGAUCAUAAUUCAAAGUGUCAAGAAAAGAUCAAAUUCCAAAAUUGUCCCUCUUAUUAUGUCAAAACCUAAAACUAAAAUGAAUUCGAGAUCAUUUUUAUUUUAUUUUAGUUAGUUUUGGAGUUAAAGUAUUUUAGUUUAGUUUCAGUUAUUUCCAAUAAUUUCAUUUUAUUUUCAUUUUAUAAGUUUUUAUUUUCAUUUUAGUUAACGAAAAUUAUUUUGAAUAAAAUAACACUGAUUUGCAUUCUUCGUGCAUAUCACAACCUAUUGGGCAGUGAGGAGAAUUUAUAGUAAAAAAGGACUUAAAUAUUGAUCUGUUUCUCACCUAUCAUAUCACUUUUGAAAAUAUAGAUUUAACCACUGGAGUCUUGUGGAUUACUUUUAUCCUGCCUUUGUGUGAUUUUGGAGCUUCAAAAUGUUGGUACCCAUUCAGUUGCAGUGUGAGGAACAACAAAGCAAAAAUAUAUUCCUCUAAAAAUGUUUGUUUAUGUUCAGCAGAAGUAAGAAAGUCAUACACAUCUGGGAUGGCAUGAGGGUGAGUAAAUGAUGAGAGAAUUUUCAUUUUUGGGUGAACUAUUCCUUUAAGCAGCUGAUCACACUCCAGUUACACCAUAACCACAUACUAUUUCCUUUAAUGGUUUAACAGGGUGUGGGUGGGUAAACCUGGCCUAAGUUCAAUGCAAAUGCAAUUAUUGGUCAGUGUUGUGCUUCAUAGAAAGCUCAGACGAAGGACCAGAGGCAGUUAGAGUCUAAGUUCUGUUGUAUUUAAGAGUUGGUCAUGAAAGCUUCUGUUUGCAUUGUGUCUAUUAUCUCAAAGUGUGACUGUUAAAAGAGCUGAAAUGUUCAGUAUUAGACCUUGACAGGCUCAGUCCCUGAAACACAUCUCUCAGAAUGUAUAGAAAUGUUGUUUAUGCACAAUCAUUGUAAGUAUAAAUAAAAUAUGGGGAUUUUUUUUUUUUUUUUUUUUUUUUAAGCAAUCCUUUUGUCAAGUACUUGUAAUACGAGGCCACCAUAAAUUCUUGAUAUUAUGUAGAUGUAUCACUUAAGAGAAAUAAAAAUGGAAUACUGAAGACCUCAUAGUUGGUCAUAUUUUCUUUCUAAAAAUGCAACUGUCAUUUAACAUGCAAAUAUAUUUUACAUUUCAUACAAUAGAAUUGCACAUUUUAAUAAAUACAACCACGACAGUGAUCAAUAUUAAUCUUUACAGCCAUUUAUAUUUGAUCAUAUCAGUUAAAAGUGCAUUGUAAAAAUAAAAAAUGUUACAAUAUAUAUAUAUAUAUAUAUAUAUAUAUUUAUUUUUAUUUUACAGUUGCUUUGUUGUUACAAUGAAUUGAAAAAGACUGGACAAAACAACGGAAGCAGCACAUAAAAUAGGGAAUCAUGUACAUCGUGUUAAAUAAUGAACCCACUGUAUCCUGAGGUACUUUCAAAUGAGUUUAAAAAUUGUGAAACUAAUCCACCUUUUUCAUGAAAGCGGAAGUGUUCCACGAUUCGCCUGUUUCCAGUGUUUUCACUCGCAUCGCGUUUAUUCUUAGCGGGUAAUGUGAUCUUUAAUGUAUUACAUUUGUUCAGAAAAAUAAAAUAAACGCAUGUGGCUCUAUAGAUGUUUUUUACAGUGCCUCAGUGUAGAUGCCCUGAAGCGAUGAUCCGAGGUAAGUUACGCUUAUAUAAUAAACGGUGCAAUAUGUAAUAUUUUUAAUGUACUAAAUUAGGAAAUAUGCUAAGUUGAAAUACUGGCUUCUCUGAUGACAAUGCUGCAGCCAAUAUAUUCUACUUGUAAGUUUCCAUUCCAGGCCGGAAUUUCUGUUUAUAUUUUGGCCUGUGUGAUCCCGCCCACUGCCCACUCACCAAUAGUAUUUCGACACCGCAGGGUUGCCAGAUUUGAACAAGUUUGCAGGCAAACAACACUGCGUGCUGCAGCCAUGGAAGCCAGCAAACGAACUGGAUCAGAGAUAACAGAUUCCACCCGACCUAAAAAGCUAUCCGUCUAAAAACCACCAUGACCAGCAUGAGCUUCGAGUCUGGGGCAGGGUAGACAACUCUCCAAUAUGUAGAAUUUGGACUGCAGUACCUAUUUCAAACGCUUGUUGUCAAUCUUACAUAUAGCACCUUUAACUACUUUGAGUUUUUAUGAGAGCCAACAACUGCAUAAGUUGAGCUUGAAUUUCAUUCUUACUCCAAAUAACACUUAAAUUGUUGUUGUUCUCUUUCUGGAUCGCUCGUUUCGGUAGUUUUUGCAUCUCGAGACCAGAAAAAGGAAACCGGCAAUUAGAAUACAUAUGUGUAAGCAUACUUGGCAAUAAAGCUCAUUCUGAGAAUGAUAGAGAUCAUGGCGCCGUCCAGUGGUUGCUCAGGAAAACUGUGGAAACCAAACACUAUCAAUUAAAUAAAUGUAACGAAAGACAAAAAAAAAAAAAAAAAAAAAAAAAUAA